AUGGGGAAAGCUUCAAGGGAUAAGAGGGAUAUAUACUAUAGAAAAGCCAAAGAAGAGGGUUGGCGUGCUCGAAGUGCCUUUAAACUCCUUCAAAUUGAUGAAGAAUUCAAUAUUUUCGAAGGAGUUAAGCGUGUGGUGGAUUUAUGUGCUGCACCUGGCAGCUGGAGUCAGUUUGUGACACGCGUUCCUCAUCUGCAGGUUUUGAGCCGUAAACUAUAUUUGCCAGCAAAACUUUCACCUGAUUCUAGUGAUAAUGAUCUUCCUCUUAUUGUGGCCAUUGAUUUGCAACCCAUGGCUCCAAUUGAAGGUGUUAUCCAAGUGCAGGGUGAUAUUACCAAUGCCCGAACUGCUGAAGUGAUAGCUGAUUAUUCUAAUGAUCUUCUACAGGUCAUUAGACAUUUUGAUGGCUGCAAGGCUGACUUGGUUGUUUGUGAUGGUGCCCCUGAUGUUACCGGACUCCAUGACAUGGAUGAAUUUGUUCAGUCUCAACUCAUCCUAGCAGGUUUAACAAUUGUCACACAUGUGCUCAGGGAAGGUGGAAAAUUCAUCGCAAAGAUAUUUCGUGGGAAAGAUACAAAUCUUCUGUAUUGCCAGCUCAAAUUAUUUUUUCCUGUGGUGACUUUUGCAAAACCAAAAAGCAGCCGCAAUUCCAGCAUAGAGGCAUUUGCAGUUUGUGAGAAUUACUCCCCUCCUGAGGGAUUUAAUCCAAAAGACUUGUAUCGCCUUUUGGAAAAGGUGGGAAGCCCCUUCGGUGCAGAUGACCUAGAUUGCAGUAGCGGGUGGUUGGAAGGGGUAAAUAAGGUGUAUAUUCCAUUUCUAGCUUGCGGAGACCUCAGUGGGUAUCACUCUGAUCGAUCAUAUCCACUACCAAAAGUUGCCGAUGGCACUUACCAGAGCUUGGAUCCUGUACAACCUCCAAUUGCUCCCCCUUAUAAAAGAGCCCUUGAAAUGAAGAAAGCUUCUAGUCGUGGCAUAAAAGAGCUUGAAAAGCUCUCUUUGGAUUCUUGA